AUGCUCAUGCUUGCGAACGAGCCACUCGAGAACGAGACGUGGUGCGCAGACGACUGGGAACAGCACAGUGGUACGGGUAAGGGUGCUUGCGAGGAUCGUGCUGCAAACAAGACAACAAAGGUUCUUCCUCGCGCCAAAAUCCGUGCAGCACCAGCAACCUCAUCCACGGCCCCAGUUCCAGACGGGGCCUUGGCCAGUAACGCGGUCCGACCUGAGGGCCAGAAGCAGAUGCAGAAGCAACAUAACGGUUGGUGUAGCCGCCCUGUGUUGGCUCCCAUUGGAUUCGGAUCUAUUCCGCUUCGUGUUCCGGGCCUGGCAGACCCUGCUCACGUCGCUAAUCCUCGAAAUGCCGCGAGCCCCGCUUUGCCCGUCUUAGAGCAGGGUCCACCGUCUCAGGCAGCAUCUGGAUCUCGGAUUAGGGCUGGAAAGCCAUCGGGAGGUGGCAGCCCUCGUUUGGAUGUACCUGCACCGCCAUCCAACCCACGCAAGCGCAAGGUUGCUGAAGUGCAGGAACCAGCGCAGCCGGCGUCCAGUUCCAAACGCAGCAGGACGGAGGCUGCGCCUAUCUCACAAGACGGCGGUGUUCGCAAGUCAGGCCGUCUCGCCUUGGAAGGAGAGGAGGGCAGAGCGAGGGCGCGGGAGUUUACUAUCUCAAACUACAAGGCGAAGAAAAUGACAGUGUCUGCUAAGGCGACCAAGACGGCUAAGAUGGGUGUUAAGAAGUAG